AUCGAAGUUUCAUCGCUAGUGUUCUUCGGAUGUUUUAGCCAGCCAGCAACCUCUUCCGGCGUGCUUUCGUUUUUGCUCUCGGGUCCGGGGGCCUCAAGGUGAUCUGAAAUACAUCGCAUUUAUGUGAUCUCGUUGACAUUACCCCCAUAUGCCACAUUGCUUUGUCGUUCAUUCACCCGUUUACCAACCGCCUCCAACACUGACGCAUUAAUAAAGACUUCCUUAAGCGGAGAGAUUUUUUGUUUAUUCCACUGGCUGCCUUUGCGUAUUUUGUGCUUGCGAUCCUGAUUUCAGUUUUCUUAUCUUUCAUUUGUGCUGACGAAGUAAUCAUGAUGUCCGGGAAGUACAUACGCUACAUACUCUUUGCAGUGCUGGGCAUUGCAAUCCUCCACUUCAUUGCCUCAUCUUCCCUACCUAGGCCUAGUAUUCCUGCUGCUCUCACUAAAACGAAUCCGAAACAAAACGAGAGCCCCCCAACACAGCCUGGAAACGUCGGCCCGCAAGCCACCACUGCUGGUGGCGUUACAAAAAUGCAAACGGCUUCGUUGUCCCAACCGACGAAAGCAGCACUCCCUCCCACUGGAAACACUACUUCUGGCCCCAAGUCUGACGGAGAAUCUGGAAAAUCAGACCGUGUCAGCGCAACUUUCGUGUCUUUGGUGAGAGACUCGGAUCUUUGGGAAAUGGUGAAAUCUAUUCGACAAGUCGAAGAUCGCUUUAACAGGAACUACCACUACGACUGGGUUUUCUUGAAUGAUGGGGACUUUAGCGAGAACUUCAAGACCGUCACCUCCGCUUUGGUAUCUGGGAAAGCUUACUAUGGCAAAAUUCCAGAGGAGCAUUGGUCUUUCCCAGAGUGGAUUGAUCAAAACAAAGCUGCUGAAGCUCGUAAAGAGAUGGAGGAGAAGAACGUUAUUUACGGUGGCUCCAUCAGCUACAGACACAUGUGCCGUUACGAAUCGGGCUUCUUUUUCAGACAUGAACUCAUGCUCAAUUACGAUUACUACUGGCGUGUUGAGCCCAGUGUCAAAUACUUCUGCGACAUUGAUUUCGACGCAUUCAAAUUCAUGAAGGAUAACAAAAAGAAGUACAGUUUCGUUCUGAGUCUCCACGAAUACAGAGAAACGGUUGCAACUCUUUGGGACAGUGUUAAAAAGUUUAUGGAGAAACACCCUGAACAUAUCGUUCAGGGUAAUAACCUGGAAUUCGUGUCCGAAGAUGGAGGUAAAACAUACAACAUGUGCCAUUUCUGGUCGAAUUUCGAGAUCGGUGAUUUGAACUGGCUACGCUCGAAGGCAUAUCUGGAUUAUUUCGAUGUCCUUGACAAGGAUGGGGGUUUUUUCUACGAAAGAUGGGGCGAUGCACCAGUACAUUCCAUUGCAGCAUCUAUUCUGCUCAAAAAGGAAGAAGUUCAUUUCUUCGAUCAGAUCGGCUAUUAUCACGUCCCAUUCACACACUGUCCGACUGGCGAGCAGAGAAGAACGGAGUGGAAGUGUGCUUGCAACCCUGGGGAUAAUUUUGACUGGAAAGGUCACUCAUGCACAACUCGGUUUUUCGACCUCCUCAAGUUGCAAAAACCCGAAGGUUAUGAGAAUGAGACCUGA